AUGGCUGAUAGAAAAAUAAAAGGAAAGUCUGUGACUUAUGCACAGAAGGAAGCUCUUGUCGAAUUCUUAGAGAACAAUGUACAACUAAAAAAAGGUAAAUUCAACUCACAAUUUACCCACAAAAAUGCUCAACAACUUUGGGAACAAAUAGCUUCAAAUUUAAACUCCAUGAUUGGUGCAAAUAAAACGGCAGAUAAGUGGAGAAAGUGUUGGACUGACAUGAAAUGUAAUGCAAAAACAAAGAGCGUUGAUCUAAAAAAAAAUUUAAGAAAAACUGGGGGAGGAAGUGGAAAAACAGAUGAAUUAGAAUUAGCUCCAUUAGAAGAAAAAAUUGCUACUUUAAUUGGAGAUGUCCCCAUUUUUGGCCACCCUAAUACAGUGGAACCUUCAAUUACUUUUGAGGGAUAUGAAAUUGUUAUGGAUACUACUGAUAAUAUUUUGCUAUAA